GAUGAUUACUACAAGAAGGAUGACUACAACAAGAAGAAGGAAUAUAAACGUCAUGACUACUACAAAAAGGAUGACUACAAGAAGGAUGAUUACUACAAGAAAGACGACUACAAAAAGGAUGACUACUACAAGAAAGACGACUACAAGAAAUAUUAA